CCCACCUCCCCUUCCCUCCCCUUUCUCGCAGUAUAGAUACCCCCUCUCAUCACUGCCUAUCGGUGUCGUCUCCCAGGAUAUCAUCUCAUCGAUCGUGGUUCGUAUCUACCGGGCUACCGGCUAGGCUGAUCAAUCAUCAAUCACCUCUUGGCAUAUUGCCCCCAUCUUGUGACUCUCUCACUUUCCAACGCCACUCUGUCUAUCACAGAACCAUCCAAAAAUGUUACCUCCUCCAGGUGCAUCACCAUCUUCUUACGCAUAUCAACUCUCUCCCUCUCUUCCACGAACAAUCAAAAAACAUCUCUCCAACCUUUCCUUAUCUCCAACUCGAACAAGGAAACCAAGUCGACGGACAAGGUCUGAAUAUCUUCCUUCCAGCACAGGUGUCGAAGAAGAAGAUGGAAAAUCGUCUGAUAUAAUGGGAAACGAAGGUUCUUCCAGCGAAAGAAAUGUCAAGCGGUAUACCAGUGGUGGCAAGGCAGGCAUCAUGGGAAAUCGGGAGAGGGGAUAUUCUCGUGCAAGAGGAUCAGGGUAUAUGACGGAUGAUGAGAGGGUGAUAGGUUUUAAUGAUGGGGAUGACGAGGGGGAAGUGGAGGGAUGCGAAGAGAGAGGAUUGGAAGAGACUUUGGAGAGGAUUGGAAUGGGUGCAUAUCACUGGAGACUUCUUGCACUGUGUGGAUUCGGAUGGAUGUCGGACAAUUCUGCUUUGCAAUGUAUAGCUGUAAUCUUGCCUAGAGUGCAGGUGCAUUAUGACCUCACUGCCCGGGUUGUGGGUCUAUUAUCAGCUUCAACCAUGGCGGGGAUGAUGAUAGGUGCUGUAGGCUGGGGAGUCCUCUCUGACAUCUUGGGUCGAGCAUUACCGUUCAACGCCACUUUAUUGCUCACUGCUGUUUUUGGGAUUGCAGCUUCGUACGCUCCGGGAUUUGGGUCAUUAUGUUUUUGUCUUUUUCUUUUGGGUACGGCUGUUGGCGGGUCAAUGCCUACAGACGGAACAUUAUUCCUCGAAAACCUUCCUCAUAGUAAACAAUACCUCCUCACUCUUCUUUCUGUCUUUUUUGGUCUCGGCGCCGUGCUCUCAUCUGUCGUCAGCUACUUCUUUCUGCCUGGUGCUAGCUGCAGACAUUUCGACGGAUGUGAUAUUGCCGGAGGGGCAAAUGAUGGCUGGCGAAGGGUAUUGUUCAUCCUUGGUCUCUUCAAUCUCAUAUGUGCACUCAUGAGAUGGUUUCUUUUCCAACUCCAUGAAUCUCCCCGAUAUCUAGUUUCCAACGGUCGAGAAGCUGACGCCGUCGUCGCUCUCCGUGCCAUAGCAACAUUCAACGCACACGAGAUCGAGAUCCAUGCUGCUGAUGUUCAACUUGAAACUGCUCCGUGUGACGAACCAAAACACUCAUCUCCUCGUUCUUCUUCUUUCACCUCCAUUUCUAGACCUCCAUCAGAUGAACGUUCCCUAAUCCCCAUUUCUACUACUUCCCCUAGACCUUCUUCCUCCGACGGAAACUCUCGGACUAGAUAUGACGCAGUCGGUGUCGGACCUCCUUCCUCAGUGGUGAGAGAACCAGUUCGAAUGGGAUCGGAAUUCUACACCGGUCCCAUCACAGAUGAACAAGAUAUGAAUGAAUUCGAUCAAGCGUUCUCUCAUUCUCAUAUCACUCAAGGUGAGGUGGAAGAGGAAGAGGAAGAGGAAUCUUUGAUAGGUAAAGACAAUAAGGAUAACGGGUUGAGGUCAGAGAAAUCUAGGUUAGAUUUGAAAACGGGUAGAAAUUUAGGAUUAGGUUGGAUGGAAAGUUGGAGAGAACAAAUGGGAAAAUUAUUCGUUCCUCAAUGGAGAAGGACAGUGAUACUCAUGUGGAUUAUAUGGGGUAGUAUGUCGUUUGCAUACACUAUGUUCAACGUCUGGUUACCUGCCGUAUUGGAAUCCAGAGCAAAGGGGGAAGCUUUGACGGAAUUCGUUUUGUAUUCCCUCGCUGGAUGUCCGGGGUCUUUGCUCGGAGCAUGGAUGAUUCAAACUUCCCUAGGUCGUCGGAAAUCUCUAGCGAUAUGUACCAUAGCCACAGCUUUAUCAACGUUUGCUUUUAUCCGAGUUUCGGCAGAUUGGGCGGUGGUAGUGAGUAGUAUGGUCAUUGCUUUGGCUGCUACGGCCAUGUAUGCGGUUUUGUACGGCAUGACUCCAGAAACUUUUGGAACUGGUAUAAGAGGUACAGCAUGUGGUACUUCUGCCGCUCUUUCUCGAUUUACCGGAAUCCUUGCUCCUGUCUCCGCAGGUUACUUAUUAACCCUCUCACCACAAUUACCAGUUUUCACUUCUGCCGCUUUAUUCGUCUUUACCGCUGGAUGUAGUUUGGCAUUACCUUUUGAACGUUUGGCUGAAGGGAAAGGUUUUAAGGGAGGGAUGAUGCAUUGAUUCUUGUUGGUUCUUCCUUCUCCAUCUUCCAUCUUCCAUCUUCCCAUCUUCCCAUCUUCCAUCUUCCAUCUUCCCAUCUUCCCAUCUUCCAUCUUCCAUCUUCCCAUCUUCCAUCUUCCAUCUUCCAUCUUCCAUCUUCCAUCUUCCAUCUUCCAUCCAUACUUCAUCUCACAUUCCCACCAGUGGUUUUGGGCUCUUUGAAAGAUAAAUCAAGAGAAGUUGCAUAAUUUCAUUCAACUUCACUAAAUACACAAAUGGAUUGUUGUAGUAUUUCCACCCCUUUCUUGAUCAUGAACCUCAUAUAUUCCACUGAGUC